GUACAUAUGGGACAGUUUUCAAGGCAAAGAAUCGGGAAACCCAAGAAAUUGUGGCUUUGAAAAGAGUACGCCUGAACACAGAUGAUACUGGCAUCCCUGCCUCAGCAUUAAGAGAAAUUGGCUUCCUGAAAGAGCUUCAUCACAAGAAUAUCAUCUGCCUGAUGGAUGUCCUCUUGAAUCCUAAUGAUCACCGUCUCACUCUGAUCUUUGAGCAUUGUGACCAGGACCUCAAGAAAUACUUUGACUGUCUAAAUGGGGAAAUAGAUCCUGAUAUUGUCAAGAGCUUUAUGUUUCAACUGCUUCGUGGUCUUGACUUCUGCCACAGCCGCAACAUCCUCCACAGAGACUUGAAACCUCAGAAUCUCCUCAUCAACAAAAAUAACGAGCUGAAGUUAGCUGAUUUUGGGCUGGCCCGUGCAUUUGGCAUCCCUGUGCGCUGCUACUCUUCAGAAAUGGUCACGCUCUGGUACAGACCUCCAGAUGUUCUAUUUGGAGCCAAUCUUUAUAACACAAGCAUUGACAUGUGGAGUGCUGGCUGCAUAUUUGCUGAGCUCGCCAAUGCUGGCCGACCACUCUUUCCUGGUAAUGAUGAAGACGAUCAACUGAAGCGAAUAUUUAAGCUGCUGGGGACACCCACGCCAGAGACGUGGCCAGGCAUGAGCAGCCUACCCGACUACCGCCCCAUGCCCCACUACCCCGUCACCAUCAGCUUCAGUCAACUCUGUCCCAAGCUCAACGCUAAGGGCAGAGACGUACUACAGCGACUCCUGGUGUGCUGUCCAGACCUGCGCAUAAGCGCUGACGACGCCAUGUGCUUCCCCUACUUUGCCGACGUGCCUGCCAGCGUUCGCAGUGCGGCGUAGCGACGCUAAAUAUUCUAGUUCACCUCAACACUGUUAUUUAUUCAUACUCAUGUCUUUAUGUUAUGCUCUUAUUACGAAAAUAGUAAUUCGUGAGUUUACUAUCUGUAAUUUCGUAAUUAUAAUGGCAUGGCUGAUUGCUCCAUGAAACGAGUUCCUAAUUUGUUCGUACUUUUAAAUAGUUUCGAAAGUUCAUCUAAGUUUAUAAACUAUUUCCAAGUACUUAUGUCGGCUGUCAAUGUUCUAAGAGCACUCUAGUUGCCAUCAGUCUGAAGAUGAAGAGCUUGUUGCCACUUGUCCUAAAACAUCCAUUAAAAUAUUUCCACGAAAUUCUGAUACUUGUUUCUUAAGUUUGUGUUAAAAUUUCUGUUAUAACACAGAAAUAAGUUCGUUUUGAAUUAAUGGAAAUUUCUAGUGGUUAUUUAUGACCAUUUGUUUAAUGCUAUUCAUAACAUUUCAAAUAAGGACUUGGAAGUGUACCUGAUUAUUGAUAAUUGUUUUGAAAUUUUAAGCUAAUAAUUACCUGUACAUUUUUUUUAUCCUUGAUGCCAAAGUACGUAAUUACAGUGGUAUUUUAAUACCCUUGUUGACAUGGCUAACAAAAAAGCUUCGUUGCUGCAGGGGUGAGAAGUUGGUUCUCAUAGGGUGUCUGGACAAGCCCUCAGGUCCCCAGUCCUGGACACUAGAUUCUUCAUUCGUUAUAGACCCUUCAUUUGUUAAAAUAAUAUUUUAGCUUUAAAAGUUUUUCAUGGCCAUGUUGAGCUUACGGUCGUACCUUCACUUAAAAAGUUUAUUUGAUUUUUACUGC